AUGGCUUCUCAAGAAGCUGCAGCAGGAACAAGCAAUAAGCUGAAAGUAGGCCGAACAACGGAGUACCGAAUGGGCGCCAACACUGAGCUCCUGAACAUCACCGCCGGCGGCGGCGGCGGCUGCGAUGGCGAGGGCACAAAGCUUUUCCUCUUGUGCGGCGCCGACCGGUUCGAGUCGGUUCGACCCUUCCGGUCCGGUGAAUUCUCGGUCCACAUGGUUCGGGUCAAGGGGAGGCCCAUUUCCCUGGUCACCUGCAUGGUGGAUGAUCACCGGUGGAUGCUCGCGAAGGACGCGAUGGCCGGCCGGGUCGAGGCCCGCAUGUUUGUUUUCGGGCUCCCGGGCUUUUUCUACGGGCUCGAGCUGCCGGGUACGGGUGAUGGAAUUGAGGAGAAGCUAAAAAUGUUGGAGGAGAUUUUUGCAAGUUUCUCUGCUAAUAGAGAUCUCACUGUAGAGGAUGAUCGCGCCGCCAUCGCGGCGGCGGCGGCGGCAAAAUCGUCGACGGCGGAGCCUGAGCUCGUCCAGCAGGCCGUGCGGAGCUCCGCCGCCGUGAAGAUCCUCGCCCGCUCCCUCCUCGCCGGCGCCCUCAAGCCCGCCAAACACCUCCUCCUCCUCCACGGCGGUGGCCCGGCGGCGGCUCUGCCGACCAUGUCGGCUGUGGCGGCGCUCCUGACUGCCAUCGAGACGGGCCAAAUACCUUCGGCGGCGAUGGCAGCUGUGAGUGGUGCGGAACCCGAUGUGGGCGGCGGCGGCAGCGUGGGGUGGUGGUAUGUGAACGGCGACGGCAUGGCCCUGCUUUUGAGGGUAAUGCGCUUCGCGCGUGCGGAUAGCGCUGUCCCGGCGGUGGCGGUGGCGGGAAAUUGA